AUGGAAGCCUUAUACUUCAACGUCAAUGAUGGCUACUUGGAAGGUAUUGUGAGAGGUUAUAGGAGUGCGAUUCUUAACACAACCCACUAUCUUAACUUGACGCAAUGUGAAACCUUGGAUGACUUAAAACUUCAGCUUAGUGCUACAGACUAUGGCAACUUUUUGGCAAAUGAACCCUCUCCUAUAGCUGCCUCAACGAUUCACGAAAAGGCAACACAGAAAUUGGUUGAGGAAUUUAAAUAUGUACGUAGUAACGCGAUGCCAACUUUGUCUCAAUUUUUGGAUUACCUGACUUAUGCCUAUAUGAUUGAUAAUGUAGUACUUUUAAUAACUGGCACCUUACACGAACGCGAUACUAAUGAAUUGCUGGAGCGGUGUCACCCACUUGGAGUGUUUGAUGCUAUGCCAGCGUUAUGUGCUGUAACUAACGUUACGGAAUUAUACGAAACAGUGAUGGUGGAGACACCUCUUGCCCCGUACUUCCGAAAAAUAUCUGUUACUGAUAUUGAUGAAUUAAACAUUGAAAUCAUUCGUAAUACGCUUUAUAAAGCGUAUCUUGAAGAUUUUUAUGAUUAUUGCAAGAGAAUUGGUGGUGUGACUGGAGAAUUAAUGAGCGAAAUUUUAGAGUUUGAAGCUGAUCGCCGUACUAUCAAUAUCACAAUAAAUUCUUUUGAAACUGAGUUGUCGAGAGAUGAUCGCGCAAAAUUGUUCCCAGAACUUGGCAAAUUAUAUCCAGAUGGACAUACAAAACUUGCAAGGGCAGAUUCCUUGGAUCAUGUUAAGGCAAUUGUUGAGGAAUAUCGACCUUUCUUUGACACUACUCUAAAUUCUUUUGGUGGAGCUGCCACAAGUGAAGCAAAGACUUUAGAUGACCGUUUCUUUGAGUAUGAAAAAAAUAUUAUCAUGUCCAACAUAUAUUCUCAACUUCCAAAAUACGUUACGAAUUCUCCGGAGACAAAAAAGGAACGACAACCACCAGUGUCCGAAACUACAAAAAAAUUUGUACCAGAUUUUGUGACGGGAAUUUUGGAGGAAACAGUCAAAGAUUCGACUAAGGUUUAUGCUUCAAAAUUAAAAGAUAAAGUUUUACUACUCGACAAUCCUUUGAAAACUUCUAAUGAAAAGAAAAAAAGAAAGCAUUCGAAAAAGAGGGUAAGAUCUAUGAGUGCAAAAGAGAAAAGAGAAACAAAAAUAUACGAAAUUCCAAAGGAAUGCCACAGAUAUGAACUUUUCAUUCCUCUGAAUGAACUUUGGCUUCAAUAUAUUGAUGAGUUAUACGGAACUUCGAGUCCUGCCCAUUUUACUCAAAAGCUAUUGAAAGCAGAUUUCCAUGGCGCAAUUUUAACAGUAUCCAGAUCAAGAUGUGCUUCUUAUAUCGGAGUAACGGGAAUCAACAUUCAUGAAACGGAAAAUGUAUUCAAAUUGAUCACAAAGGAUAAUGUUUUGAAAGUUAUUCCUAAAGGACACAGCGUAUUUACAUUUCUAUUACGAGACCAUAUGUUUACUUUAUAUGGGGAUCAAUUUAGAUUUAGGUCUGCUGCCAGAGCAGCGAAGAAAUUUAAGAAUAAACCUACUAUCGAUUUGUAA